CCACCGGCCACCGUUUCUUUGUCAUCAUCGCGUAUCAGUACAUGCACUGCUGCUGCGGGAAUCGAACGUGUGCGUGGGCCAACUCGUUGCGAAAACACAAGCGCGAGAGGAGUCGUCGGGGGCGUGUGAAAAGCGGACACCUAAACCUGAUGUCGCCGCGUCUGCAGUUGGACAUCAAUGGAGCUCUUCCGCAGCGACACGCACUUCAUCUUCGUGAAGGAGAGCCACAGCCUCUGGUGGGACAAGCAGACGGGCGAGUUUUCUGCCAAGUCGGACUGGGAAUGGGCGAGUGCAAAUGACUUGGAGUGCCUUGGCUUAUUCUACGGAAUCGUUGGGAAGAUUGAACAGGCCAAUGUGUUGGAGACUCGUUUGAUGCUGGUGAAGGAAAUUGCAUCAGCUGGAGAACUGCAAGGUGGACACGUAGUUUACAAAAUCAAGUCAGUAGCUUUCCUACACCUGGGCUCGGAAAACUUUGACAUAGGCUUGUUGCCCUGUGCUAAACACCAGCAUGGAUUCAGAAAGAAACCUACCGGUGGUGGUCUGUUCGAUACACAGAAAGCGGGUUUUGCAAAGACUUGGGGUACCAUCAAAAGUGCUACCAAUACCAUCAAAAAUACAACUCAGCAAGCAGCUGCACUUGCCACCUCUCAGGUCAAGUCGACUGUCACAAAAAGAACAGGUGUCAAGGAUAAGGAAAAAUUCGAGAGGCGAAUACUGGAGGAAUUGAACAAAAUUUUUACAGAGACAGAUUCAUUCUUCUUCUGUAGAACCAGAGAUAUAACAAAUAGUUUACAGAGGCUAUGUGGCAAGGACCAGGAGAACCAGAAUUUACCUAUGUGGCAAACGAUUGACGAUAGGUUCUUUUGGAAUAAGUUCAUGCUGCAAGAUAUCAUUAAUUUAAAUACAGCGAAAGCAGAUUGUUGGAUAUUGCCCAUUAUACAGGGAUAUGUACAGAUAGAAAAAUGUCAAGUAGAGGUAGGCUUUGAUGGACAGCCAAUUCACGAGAUUUUCAAUCUAGCUAUCAUAUCAAGAAGAAGUAGGUUUCGCGCAGGAACUAGGUAUAAACGCCGAGGUGUGGACGAAGAUGGAAAGUGCGCUAAUUAUGUUGAGACAGAGCAAUUAGUUUGGUACCACGAUCAUCAAGUGUCUUUUGUUCAAGUUAGAGGAAGUGUGCCAGUUUACUGGUCCCAACCUGGAUACAAAUACAAGCCACCACCCCGAAUAGAUAGAGACGAAGCAGAAACGCAAGUGGCAUUUGAAAAGCAUUUCACGGAAGAGCUCGAUUGCUAUGGACCGAUAUGCAUUGUAAAUCUUGUGGAACAAAGCGGCCGAGAAAGUGUAAUUUGCGAAGCUUACAGUAAUCACGUCUUGAACUACAAUCAUCCAGACAUCACCUACACUACCUUCGAUUUUCACGAAUACUGUCGAGGGAUGCAUUUCGAGAACGUAUCUCUGCUCGUCUCGGCGCUCACACCCGUUCUAGCGGAAAUGGGAUACUGCUGGCACGACAAGCAGGGUCCGAUUUGCAUGCAGAAAGGUGUGUUCCGAGUGAACUGUAUCGACUGUCUCGAUAGAACCAACGUUGUGCAGACGGCUCUCGGCAAAGCUGUUAUGGAAAUUCAGUUUUCCAAACUUGGUCUCAUACCACCCGAUGGGACUUUACCCACCAAUCUUCGUCAAACGUUUCAAUUGCUUUGGGCCAAUAAUGGCGACAUUAUCAGUAAGCAGUACGCCGGAACAAACGCCUUAAAGGGUGACUACACGAGAACUGGAGAAAGAAAGUUCACUGGUCUGAUGAAAGACGGAAUGAAUUCCGCCAACAGAUACAUUCAGCAACACUUUUUGGACGAUAUACGUCAGGCCACGAUAGAUGUCUUGCUAGGGUAUCCGAUCGACCUUGAUCAGCUGAAUGACGAUUGGUCGCACUAUUUAAACAUAAUAGAUAAUUGCUGUCUAGAACUUAUACCCGCGAAACCACCAAACAUACAAGUUCAACUUACAACACAUCCCGAAUUUAUUUACGCCAAUAUCAUGUUUGAUUUAGCAAGGUAUUACUUGAAUCGGUUUAAGGACGUCUAUCGACAAGCUACGAUUGACAUGAUGUUAGGUAAUAACGUCGGCGAAGAGGUAUUCCAAGAAAAAACAGAAGAGGAGGACAAUGCCGCCACAGCAGUUCACGUUAAAUUGCUUAUCGAAGACUGUAAAAAAUUGUUGAUUCCCAAUCCGGAAUUCAUCCUCAAUAGCUGGGGAUUGAUAGAUGCCGAUCCUGUGACGGGCGAUCCCACUGAAACAGAGAUGGAUAGUAUAUUGAUUUUGACGCAUGAUAGUUAUUACGUUGCCGAUUACGAUGACCAAAUUGACAAAGUGACGAAUUACCAAAGAGUAUUGCUUUCAGACAUUGUUUUGAUAGAAUGCGGCCAACCAGAGAAUACAGUUUCGUUAUUCAAGAAUAAGAAUCACUAUUGCAUAAGGAUACACUAUAAAGUGGCUGGUGACUGCGGAUAUUUCCACAUGUUCCGCAGCACGAAUUUGCGGUUCUUCAACAACAUGGCGAUUGUGAUAAAAACUGAAGAAGAAACUAUAGAAUCCUUGAAAGCGAUAGCCGAAGCUAUUUCCGUGGCGAUGGAAAUCGCAGGCAUGGAAAAGGUGCCAAUAGCUAUGAACGUGACUCUUGAUAAACGAAAGAGUAAAUUAGUCAACGUAAAAGGACACGCUGGUCUCUUGGAUAUCGCGUCAUUCCCUGCACUUACGAGAAAUGUUUCCGAGACCCAAUUGAAUGCUCUCAAGAGUGCUGGUACGAAAGCGUUGAGCAACAUGACCGAGCAGUUCAGUAAGCUAAAUAAGUUCAGUCAUAGUCUAGCGGCCAAACGACCUAUAGAACUGGCCAAGAGCAUAGGUAGAAAAUCAGAGAUAGUCGACGGAAUCAAGCCAACCUUUACUCUCGGCAAGCAUGAACUAUCCGGUAAAAUGCACCAGUCCAGCAGCAGCGACGGCAGCAGUACAGGAGGUAGCGAUGAGAAUAUCGAUUUGAUACCCAUACAGACGGAGAGGCCAAAGGAUUUCCAUCACGACAAGAAUUUGAUGGAGGCUUAUACUCCCACUAUCGGUAUCAUAAUGGGUGUACAGAACAACGAGGUCGACGAAGUGGGAAAGGAAGCAGAGGGUCCUUCGGACGCUGCUGACGGUAGUUUGGAUGUCAAUGGAUCGAAUUAUCAGCAGGCUGCGUUUAACAUGAAGCAGAAUUGUUCGGAUUCAUCGUCGCAGAGAAAUCUCGCAACGACACCCGAGAUUACAAUUCAAGGUGUCGGGGAAAGUUUCGGUACUGCAUCACAUGACAAGGCUGUUCCUCCGACGUCUUUGAAUUUACCUAAAAACAUUAGUCAUUCAUCGGGUGAAGUGGAUAACCAAACAGCGCCAGAUGAUGCAGGCUCUCCGUCGGGUAGUACUUUACAAACCGAUAAUGGCAGUAAAAGUCAGAAACGGUCCACCUCUGAGCAGGACCUCACGCUUACAAUUAGUUCAUCUAAAAGCGAAUCUGCCCUGAAAAACAUGAAGUCAAAUAUUGUAAAUGCCACUUCGCCCGUCAGCGCAACCGCCAAGGAUAUCCUCUCUCCCUUCUCCAAGUUUGCCAAGGGGGUGCAAACUUUAGGUGCUAAUCUGGAUCCACGAAAACUUAAAUCGGCGGGUCAAGUAGGACCCGGGGGAAUCCCUCGAACUCUGUCGGAUCAUCAUCUGGAAGAGAGGCAAAAGCUUCUGGAAAGAUGGGGGAAAUGCAGGUCGAGAUUGAUAGCUCUGUAAAGUUUUAAUCUUGUCUUGUCUGUUGCUGUUUUCAUUUUCUUGACCGUUUUGCUAUCCAGCAACGUGAUAUGUGCGCAUUGACGACGUAUUAUAUGUACAAGAUGCACCAAGCUUUUUCUACGAAAGUCUUAUUCAAAUGCGGUGUUUGAUUAGCUGUAAGAGAAGCGUUAAAAUUACCUAAGAGGGUGAGAAAAUCACAUAGUGAAACUUUAAGUUUUUAAGUUUUAAUAGAUAGUUGAAAAUUUAUGUAUGAUAUACUUUUCUACUUUAAAUUAUUUUAUAAGUAACACUUUAUCUUCGAAUGGUAAGCUAAUAUUUAUUGACGCAUAAACGAAUUAUUUCGAACAAAUUUUGCUACUUAUUGAAAAUUAAAAAUUUUCUAAUAAACCUGUUUGAGGAUAAUCAAGCUUUAAGACUUUCUCACCGACUUAAGUGGCUUAAAUUUAGGUCAUUUUAGAAUUCCACUUUUAACCGAAUAUCACGUUGCUGAUUUAAACGAAUAUGAGUCUGAACAUUUUUUGAAAAAUUUUAUCGCUUGAACAUUUUAACCCGAAAGUACAAUCUUGUCGAUCGCUAUUUUACAUUUAGAAAUUUAUGUUUGAAAUACUUUUCGAGGUACAUGAAUAAUUCAAGAGGUAAACACACUUGAUGCUGCAUUCUGCAAUUUUUGCGUAAUUUUUAUCGACUCGCCGAAUGCAAAUUGGCGUAUCAAUUUCAAUUGUAAAUGUCUAAUGCAGUACAAAUGAAUUCCUCAUUGAGUACAAUAUAAUGGAAUGAUUAAGAAAGAGCAUCAAUAAUGGGUGAAGAACUUAAGUCAUUUAAAAAAGAAAUUUAUCGUACUAAUUUUCAUGGCUUCAUGUCAGACAAUGUCCAAGUUACCAAUAAUUUUUCGUUAUACUUUCAUUUGAUUCUUUGUUAUGUCACGUGCGUCAACCACACACAUAUUAAUUCACCAAAGUAUUAACAUCCUUGCAAAUCGUCUGACGUCGACAGGAAUGUCUAACUGUAUGACACAAAGAUAGAAAGAGAAGCUGGUAGUCAAUUAUGUAAAUAUAAAGACUAUCUUUAGAGUUUAGAAUGAGUGAUGUAGAAAAAGCAUCGCUUUGUAUGUUGAUUAGACCGUUGAAUUUUAUUGUGUUUCUUCGAAACGCAGCGCAGUGUAUUAAUACGAAUUUAGAAAGACGUAGACAAUUUUCACAACGCCUUAAUUUUAUUUUAUUUCUCGUUAUUCCAGAAAAUCCGAAAGCUUCUCGUUACUAAUUGUUGCGCAUACUUCGUUAAAGGCUGCUUAAAAAAUUACGAAUCAGCACAAAUUAUACAGCUAUACGAUACUUCGAUGCAUGACAACGAUUAGUACAGGGAUCCUUUCGAGUGGUAGCCUGUGAUAGUAUUUUGUGUGCUCGACGUUAAAAAAAAUAUUAUCACAACUUAAAAAACUUAAUAUAUACAUCAGCGAGCCUUACGAAUUCGGUGCGUGUACAGCUUGUGUAUAGAUAUAUUAUGUGCUCAAUGAUUUUUAAAACAAGUUAAAGUGCGCGCGUGCAACGUCCGUAUAUAGAUUUUUUCGUUAUAGAAUGUGUUCAUUCUGUAAGUUUAGCGUAUAAUCUCCAAUAUCAUGACAGAAUAGUUAUUGUGUAAAAAAAGCUCGAGUCUUGGGCCAUUCGCAGAAGGUCAUUCCUCGUUGUAUGCAGUUGUACGCACUCGAGUAUACAGCGAAUAUAAUAUACAUAUUGAAUUUAAAGUAAAGAGAGAAACACGUGGAUUAUAAACAUGUAAAAAAACUGAAAAAGAGACAACGCAUAAACAAAGUAUUCAAUAAAGUAUUUUCUAGCUUGUACCAAUGUAAAACAAAGGCUUGAACACUUACGCCGCGUAGAGUAUUGUAAUUGGCGUUACGUGUGUACGUUAUUAUACGCAUCGACGCGCAUUAUGAACAUGGCGAGAGGAGAACACAUGUAGAAACGACAUGAUGCAAUAAACUGCAUUAAAAUGA